UCUGAAGCUCUUCCAGUAAAUGUAACCUCUGCCUUCCUGUCCCAGUUUGAGUCUGUGCUGCAGCUGGAAGCCUGGUGUGGAGCUCAGAAGAAAUCUGCCAAACUCAGAGUCAUCAGAUUUUCAUCACAUCAAUUCAACAGAAUUGCAAUGACGAAGCUGCUGUCAGCCUUCAUCCUGCUUCCUCUGCUGACCGGCUGUGAACCUUUCAUCCUUCCACUGGACUGCAGCGAUGUCUAUACCCAAGACACCAGUCGAACCAGUGGAGUGUACACCAUUUAUCCCAUUGGAGCCACGUCUGCUGUCCUGGUAGACUGGAGUUCCGUGCACACUGUUUGGACUGUGUUCCAGAGGAGGUUGGACGGCUCGGUGAACUUCUACAGACCCUGGGAUCAGUACAAGACGGGCUUUGGUAACGCUGCUGGAGAGUACUGGCUCGGUUUGGAAAAUGUCUUCUACCUGACGCAGAGAAAAAGGUACGAGCUGAUGGUCAACAUGGAAGAUUUUGAUGGAAACAAAGUGUUUGCUCGUUACUCCUCGUUCUCCAUCGAUGGGGAGUCUGACGGCUACAGGCUGAAUGUGUCUGGAUUCACUAAUGGAGGGGCAGGAGAUGCCCUGACACUGGAGGCAGUCGUUGAUAAUCCAGGCCCGACCACGCCAGUAUAG